GCCACGGAAACGGGACCGGCGGGAAAAGAAGAAAAAAAACACCAAUAAAAGAGAAGCAGAAGAAGAAACCCGCUGCCCGUCCAGGUGUUUCCUUCACAGUCAUGUCAUCUCCAGUUCUGCUCAAUCUGCUGCGAUGUGGUCGCUCCACCGUCAGACAAACCUUCCUCACCGUACGAGAAACCUCCACAGCUGCUGGACAGGUGGGCGGAGCUUUGUUCGGGGGUGCGGGCGUGCGGCGGGUCAGCGGGUCAAAUCGCUUCGACAGCGACGGCAGCGGCCGGCCGGUCACCUGGGACUCAUUCGGUAUCUGGGACAACAGGAUAGAAGAACCGGUACUGCUGCCCUCCAGCAUCAGAUAUGGAAAACCAAUUCCACAGGUCAGUCUGUCCUGGGUCGGCAGUGCUUCUGUUUUGGGUCUCAGGAAGCAGAACGAGGAUCGUCUCCGUGUCGCCCGUAUCCAUGACAACCUGCUGUACUUCGCCGUGUUCGACGGUCACGGCGGUCCGCACGCCGCCGACUACUGCUACACCUUCAUGGAGAAGUUCAUCAGAGACGCUCUGGAGGACGAGGACAACCUGGAGAAAGUUCUAAAGAAAGCCUUUUUAGACGUUGACAAGGCUCUACUCACACACCUCAGAUACUUUAACAAUGCCUCCUUCCUGACAGCCGGCACUACGGCGACGGUUGCUCUGCUACGUGACGGUGUGGAGCUGGUGGUCGGUAGCGCCGGCGACAGCCGAGCGUUGUUGUGCAGGAAGGGAGGAGCCAACAAGCUCACCAAAGACCACACACCUGACCUCAAGGAGGAGAGACACAGGAUCCAGAGGUUCGGCGGCUUCGUGACGUGGAACAGCGUCGGUGAGGCCAACGUUAACGGCCGGCUCGCCAUGUCGCGCAGCAUCGGAGACUUCCACCUGAAGGCCAGCGGCGUCAUCGCAGAGCCGGACACCCGGCGACUCACCGUCCAGCACGCAAACGACUCCUUCCUGGCCCUGACCACCGACGGCAUCAACUUCCUGCUGAGCGAACAGGAGAUCUGUGAUGUCAUCAACCAGUGCCAAGACCCCACAGAGGCCGCUGACGUCAUCGCUCAGCAGGCGCUGCAGUACGGCUCGGAGGACAACGCCACCAUCAUCGUGGUCCCGUUCGGAGCCUGGGGGAAACACCAGAGCUCCACCGCCGUCUACAGCAUGAGCCGAACCUUCAGCUCAAGUGGGAGAUGGGCGUAGACGACACACACAUACACACACAUACACACACACACACACACACACACUAAACGUCACAAUUACGUCAUUGUUAUAUCCUCAAAAUGAGCCAAAUGAUCUGUGAACCCCCCUAAAUUGACGCUUUAGGGCUUAAGUGUUUUAAUAUGUUGUACAUACUGAGAGGUUUGUUUGUGUCUUUGUUUGUUUAUCUGUGUUCUUUAAAUGUUCAACAUUUUGUCACAUUGUGAAGAUUUGCUGAGAAAUUUUACGCCAAAAUUCCCAAAUUUGACUGUUCGGUCAGAAAGAAAGUUUAGAUUUGAGUUUCUAUUUUUUUGAAAUUACUUUUUUAAGUUGGUGAGCUAAAUCAUAAUGCAUGUAAAAGAUCAAACUCACCAAUUUAAUGUCAGAAAUAACUAAAAGAAACAUCACAUCUGACAAAAAAAGCCAAAGUAAAAGCUGCCAAUAACUGUUUAUUGUUCCGUCAUGUUUUAUUUAUAUAACUGUUCACAGAGCUUUGCUGUAAAAGAGCUUGUAGCCAAAUGUGCCUUUGUAAAAUAAUCAAAGAAAAAUGUUUCUAUUAUGCAAAAGUUAUCUUUUUAUUUCCUCAAAAUUUGCUUUUUUCUUGUUAAAAUCUCUGUCUGAGUUUUUUGAGUAUUUUCUCAAAUAUAUAAUAUUUUAGACUUUGAGAGGCCUGAGGAGGAAAACAUUUCUAGAUCUUAACAAGAAGAUGAAACGUUCUCUUGUGUCCGAGUGUUUUUGUGUCCGAGGAAUCUGUGUGACAUGUGUUCAGGUAUCAAUAACACACACACACACACACACGCACACACACACGCACACACACACACACACACACACGCACACUCACACACACACACGCACACACUAGAACUUGAGCCAGAAAACCGUGACCGCCUGCGUGUGUGUUGACCUUCAUGAAAUGUGAUGUCAGUAACUUUGUGUGUGUGUGUGAGUGUGUGUGUGAGAGUGAGAGUGAGUGUGUGUGUGUGUGUGUAUAUUGGUA